CGGGCGCAGAGUGUGAUACUUUUUGGCCUGCGAACGGGAACCGUCAGAAGUGCGCGAGCAAGAGAGAGCAGCAGAAGAAAAAAUAAUAGUGAUUAGCAUUUCCUCGAUGGUGGAAUCGGAAAAGUACUCUUCUGUGCCAUCAUCUUUGUUGUUCAAUUGUGCUGCUGCGCUGCUGCUACUGCCAUUAAUAUUUUCCUCUGGAACGAUCUGAAACCUGCUUACACGAGAUCCAUCGAAAUUCGCCGUUCCCGUCGCGAUAGUUUCCUCGCGUGGUGAAAAAUUUUGCGUCUUGUGAAGAACCCCGUCGACUUUUGCGUGUGAGUGAGGAAAUUCGCUUUUCCCUUUUUCCCCCAUUAAGCACGAGCGGUACACGGGAAAGCGAUGAAUAAGGUUUAUUGAUUCGCCCUGGCCGUCGAUUCUUGCAUAGUAUACCUACUCUAGCAGGCAGAGUGUCGUAAGAGGAAAAAACGAGAAUCUGCCCAAAAUCUGGAACAGAUAAUAUGUCACCACGGAAGUUUUCCCAAGAGUGGUAGCUAGUUCUUGUGUUUGCAGAAAAUAGAGCGAAAUAGCGUUCAAGUUGUAAGAAAAAAGAGUGGAAGAUAGUGACAGUGUUUGCACGAAUUUAUUUUUUAUUUGCCAAUUUUUUGUUUGUUUUGUGCAAAAGAAAAAGUUUUGCAGUUGGAAAAAAGGCAAGAAAAUUUGCUAGAUUGCAUUGAUAAAGCGAAUUGAGGCAAUUUUGCGGAAAAAAAAGUUUUACGUCGUUAGCAAUUCUGCAGUAGAGGGUUUGAUGCGGAAAAAAUUUGUGCUCAUUAUGUAGUGUAGCGAAAUUAGAGGUGUAAAUAUUGUAAGCUAAAAAAUAUACCAGCAAAAAGUGUAGAAAGUGUAUUAUCGGAAAAAAAACUAAAGUUUCGUGUAUAGAUUCUGAAGAGUGUGUCUGUCAUUAUGGAGGUGGUUGGGAACUUCGAGUACAACAGCAAGGAUCUGAUAGGCCAUGGAGCAUUUGCUGUUGUCUUCAAGGGUCGCCAUCGGGAGAAACACUUCCCGGUUGCGAUUAAAAGUAUCACCAAGAAAAGCCUCGCCAAAUCGCAGAGUCUGCUAGGGAAGGAGAUUAAAAUCCUGCGGGAGCUCAGUGCGCUGCAUCACGAGAAUGUCGUCACACUGCUGGCCUGCACCGAAAAGGAUCACAACGUCUACCUGGUGAUGGAGUACUGCAGUGGCGGAGAUUUAGCGGAUUAUCUGGCCGUCAAGGGUACGCUCAGCGAGGACACGAUACGACUGUUUUUAUGUCAAUUAGCAAGCGCUAUGAAGGCAUUAUAUGCUGUCGGAGUUGUCCAUCGGGAUCUGAAACCGCAAAACAUUCUGCUGUCGCACAACUGCGGCAAAAACCUUCCAGUACCAUCGAAGAUCACACUGAAAAUAGCGGACUUUGGAUUUGCUCGGUUCCUCCAGGAUGGAAAUAUGGCAGCAACCCUCUGUGGAUCGCCAAUGUAUAUGGCACCAGAGGUGAUCAUGUCACUGCAGUACGACGCAAAGGCUGACCUCUGGUCACUUGGGACCAUCGUUUUCCAGUGCCUAACCGGAAAGGCACCAUUCCAGGCUCAAACGCCCCAGGAACUGAAGAUGUACUACGAGAAGAAUGCUAAUUUAGCUCCCAAAAUUCCAUCCGGUACCUCGAAGGAACUGACUGAUCUGCUGAUGGGACUACUGCGAAGAAACGCCAAGGAACGAAUGAACUUUGACACCUUUUUCUGUCAUGCUUUCUUGCAGCGACAGAUGACACCUCAGAGUAGUGAAAUGCCACAAGCAUCAGCAGCUGGUCCAAAUGGUGCGACUGGUAAAGUCACUAGUCCCCACCAGAAGACGCUUCUGUCUCCGCUGCAACAACAGCAGUUGCUUAUACGGCAACAACAACAGAACCAGUUGCAACUUCAGCAACAACAACAACAGCAGCAGCAGCAACAACAGCUACAGCUGCAAUUGCAACAGCAGCAACAAGAACAGCAAAAGCAACAGACCUUGGAAAACAAUAACGUGCCCGUUGAAAUUGACGACAGCGUUGCCACGCUUGCUAGUGCUAAUAAUACAUCCAACAGCAGUCAGGACAACUCAGAUGAUUUUGUACUAGUACCAAACAAUCUGCCGAUGGAUACAUGCGCCGGAAACUAUGAUAAGAGCAAACCGACUAGAGUGCCUCAAACAGCUUCGAACGCCCAGGCGAGUCCACCGAGACCAAGCUCUUUACCGAUCUCGGAAGCAAAGCCCGUGCCAACGGCAGCUAGGAAGAUCUCUCGACCACAAAAUCAGACGCCACCAAAGAACAUCCCCAAUGCAAUACCACGAUCUCAACCGAUCAGUAUGAAGCGAUCCGAGCAUCGAAACAGCAAUUGUGAUAUUAGCUCAAUAUCUCCGCCGGCAGUGCAAUUCGCGAUCGGCACACCACCUACCGGUGGACGCCGAAGAUCCACCUCGGGUGGUUCGCUAUCCGAAACACCUCCACCACCCUCCUGUUGGACAGUAAGCCCAGCCUCGCACCACUCUCCCUUACGCCGUUCCGGCACUAGCUCACCAGUAUUAUCCAACGCCCUAUCGAAGCUUCCGGCUCUUGGCAGUCCCACGCUGAUAACGACUGAAAACAACAACACUCAUCCACUAGGAUCUAGAGCUUUCACGUUGCCCGAAAUGGGUGCGACCGGUGGACUGCAAAGCUACUUACACGAUAACAAUCUGGACGAUCAUCCGCUGAACUUUCAUGCUCCGGAGUUGCCUGCUGAGACGCUGCUGGAUCGCGAACACAAUGAAACACUCGCAAAACUCAACUUUGUCAUCGCCCUCACGGACUGCAUCCUCGAAGUGGCGGACUCUCGCUGUGCCCCUCUGUCGGCCCUAAUGUCGGCCGAUGCUCAACCGAUUGCACCCCACGCGCCAGAACACUGCAAACGAGCGGAACGGCUGGUGCUGCUGGUUCGUGCCCUGAAUCUGCUCUCGUCCGGCAUGCAUCUGGCGUCGUCGCAGCUACAAAAUGGGCACCUAAAACCAUCGAACACUGUUAAAAGUGUGCUCUCGAUGAUGCAUUCGCGGUACCGAUCGACUCUGUGCGAAUCGAAGAAGCUAAAUGGGACGGGACUUUUGCAGAGGGCCGGGGCUAGCAAUAUUACAGCGGAUAAAAUACUGUACGAUCAUGCUAUACAAAUGUGCCAAUCGGCUGCCCUAGAUGAGCUGUUUGGCAACCCCGAAGAUUGCUUCACUCGUUACCAGUCGGCGCAGAUUCUGCUCCACUCACUGGCCCAGAAGUGCAGUCAUCCACAGGAUAAGAUGCUGUUAUCGAAAUACAAAGACGCAGUCGAGAAGCGGCUUUACAUCCUGCAGCAGCAGGGUCUGAUCUACACAACCGACGAUCUGUCAUGAACCAGCGCUCUGCAGACGCUCAGAAGACGUCUGGCAAAAAUCUUCUGACUGGCUGGCACGGCGACGGCUUUGGAUGGGUUCAACGGUCAACAGCAUCCAUUGGAUCGCUGGAUACGAGCAGGACUGGAUUAAGGAUCGAGUGAGUGUAUGAGUGUGGCAAAUCAACACAAAUGUUGAUAGUUUAAGUGAGUGGUAACAAACUCCGUGAGAUUUAUUCCAUGAAAUUAUUUAUUCAUCUGUUUUUGUCGCAUGAUCGGUUGUUGGCGAGUUUGUGAGCGAUCACUGAUAAAUAGAGAACGCUGUAAAUAGCAAGAUAUUCGUUUAUAUGGAAAAUGAAACAAAACAUGACGAAAACUUUGCCUAAAAGAUCAUAGAACGCUUCCAAAAGUAGAGUUGCAACGGUUUUGGAGCUUAUCCCCCAAAAUAUAGCUUUAGUGUAAAUAAUGCAUUGUCGCUGAAAACUGUAAAUAGAUAGCACUCGGCAAUGAAAGGUAAAACGUGGUACUCAGGCAAUAAGCUUUUGUACAAUUCGCGGCUUCUGAUGUUGAUCCUUACGUUACUCGAAAUUGAAAUAUGCUUGUGUUAGUCGACAAAUGUAUGAUCUCCCCAAAAUCAUUGUCGUCUGCAUAGUACAGUACACUUAAUCAGCGGCUACAAAAUUAAUCACUCUCACUAUAACGUUAAGGCAAAACAUGUUUAUAAUCACAGUAGAAAUAUUUUUUGAACCAUUAUGAAUUUACUCGAAAACACUAACCAUUGUGUCAAUAAAGUAUGCACAGUAAAUCGCUUUCAAACUAUGCCAACAAUUCAUUCAUGUUAUUGUGUAAUUAUCAAAUAUUUCAAUCGCUGAUUGACAUUAAUCGUCCUAUCUAGCAGAGACCCUUUCGGUUUCUGAAAGUUUCCACCGCUCCAGGUAACACCUUUUAUACAGUUAGCAGCGGUGAUCCAUCGAAACUCCAAGCCACCAUCCGAAUGAAUUGUGUUUUCUUUUUUUUUUUUUCAAUUACACACAAGUGGCAAAUAUUUGUGACCAAAAUAAAACGAUUAGUGUCACCCAGACGUCGGGCAUCUGAGCAAACAAACUCCAAAUAGAUGUGGGGUGAGUUGUCUUUUAUAUCUCGAAUGUUUUCCAAUGUUGGAACAAUCAGCGGGAUUGAGGAACAUGAAUCCGUAUGACCUCCAAUUUAAUGUGUUUUACUUUUAUUUUUCGUUUAACUGAUACCACGAGGCAGAGUAAUCAAUAUGAUAAACGCGUAGUACCUAAGUACAAAACAUCUAAGCAUACAUCCCUAGACAGUAAAAUGAACACUUGUAGAACUAUGAACUAAAUGUUUACUCUCUGCUCUGAGAGCCUCAAUAUACUCUCUCUGUGCGGAGGGCGAUAAGAUACAAGAAUAAUAUAAUUAGACGUACGCAAUAACUAUGCAAACGUAACUGUGAGGUAAUGGUGGAUUUCAAACAACUAAAUCUCAUCCGCUGAUGGAUUGCAUAGACAAGGUAGAGAGCAGUGCAAUUUAGUCGAGAGUAGAGCGGAAUGCAAAGAUACAAUGUUGAACCGUAUAUGAAAGUAAUGUCCUUGGUUAAUAAUAAUUGUGGGAAACAAUUCUCAUCUCCAAAUAAAAUUUUAUUAUACCACUAAAACGAGCCGAUUGAUGAAACUUUGGCGUAGUAAAUAAAACGGAAACAUAAAGUUGAAAAUAUAAUGUAACGCAUAAAAUCAUAUUACUAUUGAAGAAAAAUCAGCAUAUGUUAGAGAGACACUAUAAAAAACAAUCAACCAAAAUCUUCAAUAAAAAAUAACAGAUAAAUCGUAUA